AUUCUGACGAAAUGGGAGUGCUUUAGAGGAAUUCAAUGUGGACUGUCCAGGUGAUGUCAUUAGAAGUUCAGUAGCAACCAUGGAAACUCAAGACUCGAAAAAGUUUUUCUUGUAUGACAAUCUUAUGGUAGAAACUAUCCGUCAACUUAAAGCUUAUAUCGCAGAUGGAAAGGGCACUCUAGAUGAGCUUAAAGAUCGUUUUCGUACAUCUCUCUCUGAACUCACUGAAAAUGAACUAGAAGAAAUCGAUAAUGUAAAAAAGUUUGUAGAAGCAUUGGAAGAAAAAGGUGUUAUCGGAGCAAACAAUGUGAAGUUAUUAAAAGAUUUAGCUAAGAGGAUUGGAUUAGAAGAACUGGAGCAAAAAGUUGGGGAGUACGAAGAUGAUUGUGCAGGAAUAUUCAAGAGAACACUCGAUGGUACAAUGAUGCAUUUGAAGACUGUGUUAUCAUCAAGACGAGUUCGAAUAACCAUAGCAGGAGCAAUCUUAACGCGUAUAUAUUGGGAGAAUCCUGAAGAAAUGUUAAAACUUCUACCAUUUCUGGAGUUUGGGGCUCGAGUAGUUGACAUCUAUGAAGGCUCAGUUGUUUUCGUCUUGAAAGUCUCGAGCAUUUCAUCACUAAAACGGCUAUGGCAGAGCUACAAGGAUGGCUCAUUGAAAGCAAAACUGAAAAAAUCCCUCAGUGAGAUGGAAGAGUUGAAGGAACUGAGCCAAGAAGGAGAGAUUGACGUGGAGGUUACAAUAGACGAGGAAGAAUACCGUGAAGUUCUUUGGAAUCUUAUCCUCUUGGAUGUAAAAGGUAAAUCAAUGAAGAAUAAGAAAAGUCAGCGAAGGCACUCAGUAUGCUGUGAACGAGAUGUGAAACCAGUAGUUGUAAAAGGUAAACCAAUGAAGGAUGCUAGAAUAAAGCGCAGGCACUCAGUAUGCUGUGAACGAGAUAUUCCUGAAGACAUAGAUGUGAAAGAAAUAAACCGCAUAGCAGCUCGUUGGGCAGCUUUCAAAAAAGAAAAAGAAAUUGCUCGUCAGUGCAGACUGUUAAUCGAUGGUGGAACACGUGCCUUAAGAGAUGUAUUCGAUUCUAUCCAUUCGCCAAGCUCCCUUCACAGGACACUACUCAGUACAAAAGUACGUUCUACUCUAAAGGGCCUGAGAGCAGAGAAGAUUAUAUCCAAACAACAAUGGGACAGACUCUAUCCUGCUACUAAAAGUACACCUGUCACUUCAGAAAAUUUUGACAUCACACUGUUAUUUGUUCUACUGCGUAAUAUAUGUGGUUUAACACCCCCAGCAACAGGAUGGGACAAGCCUCCUGUUGCUACAGACCUGAGUAGAGAAGCUGAUUUGGCUCGAGUCAAAUAUUAUAGAAAUGAACUUUAUGGCCACAUCACAGAAACAGCCGUCAGUGACUGCGAUUUUGAGAAAUACUGGAGUGAGAUCUCUGAUGUGUUGGUGAGACUGGGUGGACCUCAUUACAAACCAGAGAUUGAGAGAAUAAAGAUAGAAGCAAUGAACCCUGAAGAUGAAAAGUAUUUUAUCGGAGCACUUGAAGAGUGGGAAGAAAUGGAGCAGACAUCCCUUCAAGAGAUGGAGAGGAUGAAGAGAGGGAAAAGACAUUCAGCUGUAGAUGCUUCACAAGCCAAAGGGAUAGCCCCGAUGGCAUCCAGCUGGGCAUCUCCAAAAAUGGAAAAUCUUAACUUUGCUCGUCUUUGUAAGUUAUUGAUUGAUGGUGGAAGACGUGCCUUAAGAGAUGUAUUUGACUCGAUCCAUUCACCAAGAUCCCUUUACAGCACACUACUCAGUACAAAAGUCCAUUCUACUCUAAAGGGACUGAGAGCAAAGAGGAUUCUAAACAAACGACAAUGGGACAGACUCUACCCUGCUAGCCCAAGUACACCUGUCACUUCAGCAGAUUUUGACAUCACACUGUUAUUGGUUCUGUUGCGUAAUAUAUGUGGUUUAACACCACCACCAACAGGAUGGGACAAGCUUCCUGUUGCCACAGACCUGAGUAGAGAAGCUGAUUUGGCUCGAGUCAAAUAUUAUAGAAAUGAACUUUAUGGCCACAUCACAGAAACAGCUGUUAGUGACAGUGAUUUUGAGAAAUACUGGAGUGAGAUCUCAGAUGUGUUGGUGAGACUAGGUGGACCUCAUUACAAACCAGAGAUUGAGAGGAUGAAAAUAGAUACAACAGACCCUGAAGAGGAAAAGAAUUUUAUUGGAGCACUUGAAGAGUGGGAAGAAAUGGAGCAGAGAUUAAUUAGAAAGAUGGAGGAGAUUCUUAAGAAAGUAAAAGGGAUUUCAGCUGCAGAUGCUUCACAGGCCAAAGAAUAUACAGAAAAACUGAAGUCAUCCAUUAAACAACUAAAUGAUUUUCUGUUGUCAGAGGAAGAAGACAAGAAAAUUAGAACUGAUGACAUCUUUACGAGUGUGACUAUCCAACGCGGUCCAAAACACUUCAAGGAACCCAAGGAAAGGAGAUUUGGCAGGAGGCAAUUUGAUGGAAUUCAAGCAAGUAGUACAAAACUCAAGAGCUGUUCAGAAAUGUUUCUUUGCCCAGAAAAUGAUGAUCAACAAUCCACAGCUUCUUGCACGACCAAUCCUAAAUCUAUCUUGUUGACGGGCAAAGCAGGAAUUGGAAAAUCCCUCUUUUGUCGAAAGCUGGUACGGGAUUGGUCGCAUAACCGAUUGUUUGAGGAAGGUCAGGAAAAUGCCAAAGUACCUGAUUUUCAGUUUGUGUUCCUGUUGACAUUCCGUCAACUUGUUUUUCCAAAAGAAAAAAGGCUUAACUUGCGUGAUAUCUUAAAUCGGUCCUCCCUACUGAACGAGCACUCGGUGAUAGACGAGCCAUUACUGCAGUACAUGAAUGACAAUCCUGAGAAGCUCCUCAUCAUUAUUGAUGGGUAUGACGAGUAUAAACCGCAUCGAGAGAAAAUCACCGGCGACUUUGAGAGGAGAUACCCAAACGACCCUGAUGAAAAAAUACCUGUUCCUGCUCUGAUUGCCAAAAUCAUAAAAGGAAAGAUGUUAAACGGUGCAGUGGUCCUGAUAUCCUCGAGGCCUGAAGAAGCCGAGGAAUUACAAAAAAUUGUCUUUGAUGUGAGAUGUGACAUUCAAGGAUUUUCUUCACUUCAAGUGCUAGAAUACAUCGAAAAAUAUUUCAAAGAGAACGAAAGCAUGAAGAACAAAGCACUUGAUCACAUCAAAACGAAUGAAAUUCUUUUAAGUUUUGGUCACAUUCCUGUGAUGUGUUUUCUAAUGUGCUACUGCAUUAAGUGGUAUAUGACUGAAUCAAAAACCACAGAAAAACUACCCGUCACAAGAACAGAACUUUAUCGUCAAGUAAUCAAAGUAUUUAUCAAGAAACAUUCCUCUUCUAAAUAUGAAGAAAUGGAAGAAACUAAAGUACAAGAAAUAUUAUAUAAACUAGCUGAACUAGCGGUGAAUUUAAUGAUGGAAGAUAAAUAUAUUUUCGACGAAAAUGAUAUGAAAAAAUUCAAUCUUAACGAUGAAGAAAUAACAAACCUGAAAGCGAGUGGAUUACUUGACUGUUGUCCUGGCGUUAAAAAAUCUCCAUUCGAGAAACCACCACUUGAAUAUACGUUCACCCACUUAACAAUUCAAGAAUAUCUUUGUGCUUUUUUGUUUGUAGAGAAAAAACAAAUCCCAAUGAAACAGAAAACGAGCGAUGUGACAUUCAUGUUCAUGGCGGGAAUGUUUUCAAGAGAAAAAGAUGAAAAACUGAUGAAAAAGUUGAUAGAAAAUAUCAAACCAGGGGAUGAAUACGAUGAGAGGAAUAAACUGCUAACUUUAUCCUGUCUGUACGAGUACAAAGACGAUGGAUUUUCUACCAGAGUAAUAAAUAACCUUAAACACAGAUACUGUGAUAGGAAUGGGAGGAUUGUAUUUAGUUUCAUAACUGAUAUCGAUUGUUUGUACAUAAGUUAUUUAUUAGAUAUAGUGAAUUUAAUCAACGCAGAACAAACUAAACAACUGUACAUUAGGUUGUCAUCUUUAUCAGCAUCGGGGAUCAGAAUGUUGUGUAAUUCUCUUGUUCGUAUUUCUAAUGUUGAUGUACUGUCACUAAUUGGUUGUAAAUUAGACGAUGUAUGUGUUAAAAUAAUAUGUGACAUGUUGCCUCGUACUAAGAUAACAGAACUAGCACUACGUGGUAAUGAUAUAACAGAUGUUGGUGUUAAGAUAAUAUGUGACAUGUUGCCUCGUUCUUAUAUAACCCACCUAGACCUAAGUUGGAAUAAAAUAACAGAUGUUGGUGCUCAGUGUCUGUGUUCAGUAUUAAUACGUGAUGAUUGUCGUGUAAAAGUGUUAGACUUACAUGGUAAUAAUAACAUAACAAGUGAAUGUGCACUGUCUUUACAACAACUGAUCCCUGGUGUUAGAUUGGAUAUUUAGAUGAUAUUUAUAUUCAAAUUAACCUCAUACUGAAGAUGACUUUCGCAGUCGGAAACGUUUUAUUUAAGAACUUUUAAAAACAUAACUUCUAUCCUUGUAAAUAUGUAUAUUUAUAUGAAUACGACUAUUCUAUGUAAAAAAACACAAUGAACCCAUGAUAAAUAACAGCACAAUAAUCUGUAAAUAAUUUGUUAUUAAUACUAUAAUUUAUUGAAUACGAAAGAAAACUUCUUUUAGUUUUUGUGUCUACUGCAUAUUAAUAAGCAGUAGACACUAUGCCAUCGAGUUUACCCAGAUAUACUUCAUAUCCUAUUUGACUAGCGAAAAAGAUAGUUAAAUGACACAAUAUAACUGACAUAAAGUUCA